AUGGUAUCAAGUCUAGAAGAUUUAAGCAGGAAAGUGCGGGAUAAUAAUCAAGGACUAGCAGCAAGGAACUCUCUAAGGCCCCCAUCACUGGGUCUUCGACCUCCUCCAUCUUCUUCAAAUGGCACUUUUCCUGCAAUAAACUCAGCUCAACGUGCAGCUGCAACAACACCCUCCUCCUCACUAUCGCCAUCACUCACUGUCCCUUCACCUCAAGCACGCGCUCGUCAAAAGGUGGUCUUACAACCAGGCCACUCUCCAUUGGACUGGGCCCAUUUGAAUCGAACACAACCUAAACACAAAUUAAGAGGUGUUGAUCCAUCUACACCCCCUCCACAGUACGUGAAAGUUAAUAAAGAAGAGUUGAAGAAACACAAGAGCCGAUCUGAUUGUUGGACGUGUAUAAACGGAAAAGUAUUUAAUAUAACACCAUAUGUAAAUUUUCAUCCUGGCGGAGUCGAUGAAAUCAUGAAAUGUGCAGGUAAGGAUGGUACUAGUUUAUUCAACAAGUACCAUAGCUGGGUUAAUGCUGACCGCAUGUUGGAGAAUUGUAUAAUUGGUGUGUAUGUGAAUUAA